UCGCGGAUAUCAGGAAACCAGCGGACUCGAGCAGAUCAGCGGGAAGAACCAGAAACAAGAGAAUUUAUUGUUAUUUUGGCUGUUUGGCAGCAAUUAUGUCUGUCUGAUUGACCGCUGCUGUUUAAUAGUCGUCGUCGCGGUAGAAUCAGACCCCUCGCUGCUCUUAACCAAGUCAAUAUCUCGAGAUCCUCACCACCUCCGACUACAUUAACAAGCAAUGGGCUCCAUCGCCUUGCUGACCUCGGAUCUCACCAGUCUGCUCUCAGAGACAAAGCGCAGACAGACUGAGCUGCGUCAGGCAUGCGAGGCUUCAAUCUCUGAAAUCAAAGGGCUUUCGUCUUCAGGCAAACACGAGGCUGAGAUCCUUGAUCACCUCGCCAGCUCGCCCUCCUUCGUCAGCCCGUUCCUGCUCGCAUGCGCUGCCAAAAACGUGAAAUACUCCUCAAUCGCAAUCCAGAGCAUCCAGCGUCUCAUCGCGACCAGCAGUCUCAACAAAGACAACCUCGGCGCCAUCCUCGCUGCUUUCCAAGACGCGCAACAUCUCGGCGUCGAAGUCCAGCUCAAGAUCCUGCAGACCCUACCGCCUUUGAUUGAAAAAUAUGGCGUGUUUAUCAGAGGUGAUCUACUUGCGCGCGCAAUCGAGCUGUGCUCCACGAUGCAGAAUAGUAAAAUCCAGGUCGUCGUCAACACCGCUGCUGCCACCCUUCAGCAGAUGUGUGUUGCCGUAUUUGACGAAAUCAUCACCGAGGACUCCCGCGCCGCCGACAUCGAACCCGAAUUCGAAGUCCCGAUCGAUGACGGAAAGUCAAUAGUCAAGAUCCGACCUGCCGCGUACGAUGCAUUCAGAGUGUUUCAAGACAUCUGCUUUCUCACCGAAGGCAACAAGCCCAAAUUCGUCAAAGCGCACCAGAUAUCAGAGACCUUUGGCCUCGAGCUCAUCGAGAGUAUAAUCUCAAACCACGCCACAAUCUUCAACAAUCAUCCAGAGCAAACCUACAUCCUCCGCACCUACGUCUUCCCAUACAUCCUCAGAUCUCUCUCCGAGCGCCGCGAGUUCCCCAUCAUCGUCCGCGUCAUCCGCGUCUUGUACCUCAUCCUCCGUCGUCAUCUGCCCAUCGUGCCCGUCGAAUGCGAGGUCGCUCUCACGCUUCUCAUCCACACCCUCGAUCCCGAUAUCGGGUCGUACUGGAAACGCGUGCUCGUCAUGGAGGUCUUCCAAGGCGUCUUUGCCGAAUACGCCCUCGUUCGCAGAUUCUACUCCGAGUACGACUCCCAGGAAGGUCGCCAGCCCGUACUUCACCGCCUCGUCACCGCAAUCAACAAGCUCUCGUGUGAAAAGCCCGCCGCUAUCGGCCUGCGUCGUCUUUCGUCUUCGUUCCUCCAGCCCGGCAAGGACUCCUACGUCGGUGCGCCCAGCGAGUCGUCUGUCGCGGGCCUCUUUGGCGUCUCCGGCUCCACCGAAGUCGUCGGUCUCAGCACGCAGACUUCGUCCGUGCGCGUGCUCUGCAUCGACCAGCUCGACAAGAACGACCCGCCAACCUUACCCGACACCUACCUCUAUUUCCUCGCGCUCAACUGCGUAAACUCCUUCGCCGAAGGCAUGACGCGCUUCCUGCUCCCGCUCUCGUUGUCCGACGCAAACUCGAUGACCAAGAAAAAGUCCCAGCGCGUGACAUCCGGUUCCGGAGUUGCAGCACCAGCAGGAGGAGCACCCGCUCCCGCGCAAGACGAGACGCAGAAGAAAAAGCGGGCAAUCAGAUACCGCGGCGCACCAAUCAACCCGCUCACGCUCGAAGACCACAACCUCUACCCCGAAAUCGUCGUCACCUCAAAGAUCGUCAAAGACUGCUGGCCGCCUUUGCUGGCCGCUUACUCUACCUUCCUCUACGCCAAGCUCGACUCGGAUCUCUACCAUAACCUCGUGCGCUCGUUCCAGAAGUUCACGCAGAGCGCAGGCUUACUCCAGCUCGUCACCCCACGCGACGCGUUCCUGACCACGCUGGGAAAGGUCGCUGUGCCGUCGCAUAUCUUCACCGGCAACCAAUCUGCUGUCUCGUCGCCGUCCGCCGAGCGACAUAAUAGCGGCGGUCUCUUCAACGGCCUUAGCAUGGAGGCGCUAGGUGGUGCAGGCAGCGGUAGCAGUGGUGCUGGCGGCGCGGGAAGUGGUGGUGUUGGCGGCAGUGGCGCGGGUAUUGGCGGAAACGCAGAGACUGCGAGCGCAGAGACUCUCUACGGUACUCUGCACGUGCGAAAUCUGCUCUGCCUACGUGCCCUGCUCAAUCUUGCAAUCGCUCUGGGACCGACGCUAAAGUCUAGCUGGACAAUCAUCAUCGAGACUCUCCAGCAGGCAGACAUGAUUCUGUACUCUGCCGGGUACCGAUACUCGCAGCCGCCGCGCUCAUCGACCCGAGACCUCUCUCUGGCGUCUUCAAACGGCGGGUCGUCGCCUGCUACCGCAGCUGGUGGUGCUGCAGCUGGCGGACACGCAAACGACUCCCCACCACCGGCCGGUCUGGCGAACGAAACCGGCGCGGUGGAUAACGCGAUUCGCAAGUUGCUCGACUGUACUCGCGAUUUCCCCGACGACGCGUUCGUCGAUCUCAUCAAUGCGCUCUGCAAGGUCUCUGCGAGCACAAUUAAUCUCCCACGCCAUCCAUCACAGCAGCAGUCACAGGAGUCGUCUGAUAGUACGUCAGCUUCUACCCCAUCGACGCCGAAGCGUGCACCGAGCGGCCUGCCUUAUAUCAAGCCGACGUACGGCGACCCGCUGUUUGCGCUGAUCAAGCUCGGCGAGAUUGCAGAGAUGAACAUCAACCGCCUUGUUUUUUCGCCCCCCGAGGCGAGUGGCUGGGACGCCUACGUGGAGUACUUCAUUGAAGUCCUCUCGUGUCGCAAUCUAGCGCCCUCGAUCCGCAUGCGCGCCGCCGAGGUUCUCAACACGACGAUUUUCUCUGCGAUUGUGGAAGCCAGCGGAGACAACAGCCAGGAAGACGAAGGAGGCCUAAGUCUAGUUCAGAACCGAUGCCUGGUCGCGCUCGAAGAGCAAAUGUACUCCUGCAUCCGCCAAGGCCGGCCGGCGAGCGACAUGGAGCUGACGACGAAGAUGGCGGAGGCGGAGAUCCAGUGCACGACGUUGAAUACGCUGCAUGAUAUCCUCGACCGGACUGGUAGCUCGCUUUCGAAUGGCUGGCAGAUUGUGUUUAGCGUAAUCACGAGCUUUUUCGUCAUGCACCACCAGGGCAAGCUUCUCCCGACCACGCGCGUGCGCGAGGGGGUUGAGAUCCCUGCUGCCGAGCGGCAUGGCUCGCAGACGUCGACGACGGCAACGACUACGGCGUCGAGUUACACCAAAGCUGAGAGUGAAAAGAUCACAAAGCUGGUGAAAGCGGCGUUUGGUUCGCUGCAGUUAAUUUGCAACGACUUCCUGGCGUCCGUGCCGCAGGAGUGUUUUAUCGAGCUGAUUGAUUUGCUAUACUACUUUUGCCAUCAACCAGAAGACUUGAAUAUCUCGUUCACGACAAUCACCUUCUUCUGGACCGUUUCUGAUUUCCUGCGCACGAAGCUGACCGACAGCGGCCUAAACUCUGAUUUGAGCGAGCCCUUGAAGUCGCGCGAAGAUCUGCUGAGGAUGGCAAAGAGCGGGAACCUGCAGGACUCGACGAGUUCGCUGUGGCUGAUUUUGCUACUGCGGCUUACCGUCAUCUGCUCGGACCCUCGAUCGGAGGUACGCAACGGCGCGAUCCAGAUCUUGUUCCGCAUCUUUGAUAGCUACGGGCAUCUUCUCGGCGUGAACUCGUGGAGCGCGUGCCUGUGGAUCGUGAUUUAUACAGUUAUGGAGGUGCGUCCGCCGCCGGUGAUUUCUCCCGCGUACACGGCCGACAAGGCGGUGAUGCGAGCGCACGAGGUCGAGCAGAAGCAAUGGUCGGAAACGUUGUCGCUAAUUUUGUCCGGUAUGAGCCGGCUAUACUCGACUUUCCUCUAUGCGUUCCUGCGACAACCUGAUUUCGAAGCCCUCUGGCGCUCGCUGCUCAAGUAUUUCCAGGGCUUAGUCGCUCUGCGCCGUCCGGAGGUGACGGUGUCUGUGUUCAAGACUCUGAGCGAGAUUCUGACGACGAUCGAGGAAAACAAAUUCGAGCUCUCGGACAAAUCUGUGGAAGAAACCUGGUCGUUCUGGGCCGGUCGCGAAGCGGUGAUAGCCGAGGCCGAGAGUAAAAACUCGGGCGUGAUGACGCAGGAGUCGAUUGCGGCCUACGUGGGCUCGUAUCGGCCGCUGUUUGCGCUCGCGAGUAUGGAUCUGGCAAAGAUCACGACGACGCUGCGGAUCAUGCGCAGCUGCUUGCUGUUUCCGGAACUGCCGCCGUAUUUCUCGGACGUGGAGUAUCUGACGCCGUUGCAGAUGGCGAUUAUCGAUGUCGUCAAGUUGAUUGACGAUGGUAAAGCCGCGGUUAGCAACGGCGGCGCGGGCGCGGUUGAUGCGGGCGCUGCUUCAGCAGGUGUUGCCGGCACGGCAUCGCUUGUUCUGAAAACAUACGCCGAGUUCUCUAGUCUUGCGUUCCGGAGGGAUGUUUUGAAAGCGAUUCCGGAAGGCAGGAGUAAGAGCGCCAAGAAGCCGGCGUUUAUCGCUGUGGCGGUCAAGUGCUUUGAGUACGUGCUCGACGUGUUUAAUAGGAAUGUGGAUGACUUGCAGGUGUUUCGGGACGGAUCUGUGGCGUUUGCAUUGAAGACGCUGAGUAUUCCGAUUCACGAGAAAUACAAUUGCCCCGCAUACGCAGGUCCGGAAGAAGGAGACCACCACUUGACACUCUGGAUGCUCUCGACGCGCACAUUCAUCUCGAUUGCCGAGCGCACUGUAUCGAUAAUCGAAGGCGGUGCAGCCGACGUGGUGGAGGAAUCUCAAAAAGUCGAGAUCUGGCGCCAGAUUGUGAGCGGCGCAGGCGGGAUCGUCAAGUCGAACGGGCCGAUCAUGGGCGCGUCGGUGAAGGAGGACGAGCAGUUUGAUAUUUCUGCGUUUAAGCAGCUCGAGAAGGUGAUUGUGCCGGCGCUCGGGGAUAAGCAGGUGCCGGAUGAGUUGGUGACGGAGUACAUCGGCACGCUUUACGACUGCUCGUUUUUGUACAUGUUGUACGGGAUGCACGACGAGCGCGGGAAGAACGUCAACGAGCGGCUUGCGGACGUGUUGAAGGAGCCGUUGCUGGGAAGUACAGAGGCGUUGGAAGUGCUGGGCCGGCAGAGCAUGAGCUAUGUGUGCUUCGAGAGCUUGUUUACGCUGUCGCGGGUGGAGACCACGGACUCGCCUGAGCGCAGGAGACUUGCCGAGGCGGCGAUUCCGUACUUGCUGCUGCGGUGCGCGCUCGUGCUGCACAGAUUCGCGGCAGAUCAACCGCUGCGGGGAACGAUACCUGCGCCGCGGUUACAGCAGAAGGAAUUAGUCUACAUUCUCUCGCGUCUGCUCGAGCUGACCACGCGGCGCGGUGACGACACAACCAUGACGGAGGAGGAUACGAAAGAGAAGGAAGAAGAGGGGGAAGGAAAGGAUGCGAAUUAUAGACCGCUGAUGCGGCUGCUGCCGUUGCUGUCGAAGAGUAUUGUGGCGAGCAAGGCGGAUAGCGACGUGCUGCAUCUGCUGCAGGCUGCGUUUGAGCGGAUAUCGACCGGGUUGGUGUAGUGUAGUGUAGUGUAGUGUAGCUGAGUUGGUUGAGUGAGAAAUGUGGGUUUGUGUUUGUAUUUAGUUUUACUUGUGUUGAUAGCGAUAGAUUUCAAUCCGAGAAGUUCACGAUUGAUUGAAGAUCGAGGUCAGUGGCUGAUGAUACACCGCC